GUGAAGGAACAUAUGGAGUUGUUAAAAGGAUUAUAGAUAAAGUCACUAAAGAAGAAAAAGCUCUAAAAAUAAUAAAUAAGAAUAUCAAAGAUAUAAUAGAUUGGGGUUGUGCGACAGAAAUAAAAGAUCAACCUUAAACAGAAAUAUUAGGAACUAAUUUAUAUAUUUCGCCUGAAGUUUUAUUAAAAAAAUAUACACAUAAAUGUGAUAUAUGGUCAGCUGGUGUUAUUCUAUAUAUUCUUUUGUGCGGUGAACCCCCUUUUACAGGAAAUUAAUAAGAAAUUUAUAAAAAAAUAUUGCAAUUAUAAUAUGAUAUGGAUGAAGAUAUAUGGUAAAGUAUAAGUGAUGAGGCUAAAGAUUUAAUAAAGAAAAUGCUUUGUCCAGAAGAAAAAAGAUUAUGUGCUAAAGAAAUAUAAGAGCAUACUUGGUUGAAGAAAUUUGCAAAAUUAUCUAAAGCUUUUGAAGUCUUUGAUUCGGAUGGAAACGGAUAUAUUACAUUGGAUGAGUUGAAGGAUAUUCUUGGAGAUCCAAAUAAUAAAAAUAGUGAUAUUAUUGAGUAAAUAAUUUAGAAUAUUGAUAAAGAUAAUGAUGGGAAAAUUAGCUUUGAGGAGUUUCAUAAAAUGAUGGAAAAAUAUGCCGAAUAAUAAUAAUGA